AGUACGUAUUACCAACAUGUUCAAGUUCCUCGCCAUCGCUGUCGUAAUCCCGGUUCUGGCUCUGGCCAAUCCGACUCCCUACCGUACAUGUCCCAAUGGGGCCCCAACACCAGCGACCUUUUCGGUUGGAGACUGCACUGCUUUACCAUGCACGAUCGUUCGCGGAGAGGCUCUAUCGGCUUGGGGUUUGGAUAUAAUCAGCCCGGCGUCAACGUCCACCGUCGAGGCCUACAUAGAAGUAACUCUGGCUGGAUUGGAUCUGGAUUUUCCAAUACCCGAAGAUCUGAUAGAUGCCUGUGCUAAUGGAAUCACGUCUUGUCCACUUGUUGAAGGCCAGUCGUUCGAUUAUCACUUCCUCGACGAAAACAUGAAUCUGCCGCUGGGAGGUAUCACUGUUCAGAUCCGCGUAGGACUACGAGAUGGCGCUACGGAAAUUUCGUGCAUUGAGUUCGAUGGAAAUAUUGUGUAGACAUUUUCAAUAGGACAAUUGACUGGAACUAAAAUCGGUUAAGCAUCAUUAAACCGUUUAUUUUUGUUUAA